AUGGUGGCAGUGAUUCCAAGCGAAUCAGCUUUCGAAAAGCUCUCAAAGGUGAGUUGUAGCGUUUAUUCUUUUGACUCUUGGCUUGAUUGGAAGACUAAAAGUUUAGAGAUGCCGGAGGCAGUGAUUCCAAGCGAAUCGGCUUUAGGAAAACGUCCAAAGGCGAAUUUUUAAUGGAAGACAAGUGUAAAGUUGCCGUUUUAUGUUUCAUUGGAGAGCAAGUUAGUCACGGGGUUUAAGGCGUUUGGUUUGACAGUAAUCGGCCCCCCUGUAAUAUGGGGUAAGUUUCACGGGCUACGUACGAAUGGACUUGCUUACACUUAAGACCUCAAAUGGACUGGAGGGAAGCUAUACAGAGGAUUAAACAUAACUGUUGAUUUGGUUUUGGCAGUAAAGAUUAACUCUCAAUCUUCAACCAUGAAUGUAGAUUUUGAUUCUCAAGCAGGAAGCGUUGUUAAGUCUUUGUUACAUCCCACUUUACCAUACUACUUCGCAGUUAGUGGAUACAAGAACUGAUACAGUUUCAUUGUCGACCUUGUUUAAAGAGUUUGAAGAAACACAGAAACAUAGAGAGGAAGACUUCGACGAUUCAGUGUCAAUAACCCGCCAAUCUGAUUGCCUUUUACGCUGUUCUCAAUCAUGUCUUGAACAGUCACUGUUCCGUCACCAUUUUAGUCCUGAUGGUGGACCAAGUGUCUGUCUCAGGGUGCUCAAGGUGUUGCAUGACAUGACUUGUUCACUUGAUCUGCAAUGCCUAUUCCCAGGCCCGUGCCAAGCUACCUUUGAUAAAUGAUCUAUCUGUUGACCAGAAUGUAUGGGAAUUUAAUAUAAGUGACCAAGAAAUCAAUAAUAACCGGCACACAAGUACGCGCUCUUCGUGUACACUUACAGAACCAGGCAGUACCAAACUUCUUUCUUCAUACACACUUAAACUCUUGUUUUGUUUGAAUGGAGUGAAAACCCAGAAGAAAAGCUGUGGACUGGGAGCAACCUCAGCCAGCGCCUUGUAA